ACUGCUUGUGCCAGCCGCCCCCCUCGCGGCCUUGCAGAAUUUCUAGCUCCAUACACAACAACACCUAAAUGUAAUCAUAAUAUUGUGCUCUUAGCUUUCAGGCCUGGUUACUCAUCUCUGGUGAUGAUUCUAAAGGACGUUGGAGAGAUAAACUCCACUGUGUUACGCAGUGAAAACCUCACUUCUGUGACCAGGCUCAGGUUUGAGAGCGCUGGUGUCACAGGGAUCGCCGAAGGGGCGUUCAGUUCUUUCCAGAACCUUACAGAUCUCAGUUUAAAACAGAACUUACUCACAGAGAUUAAGCCAAAGUGGUUUGGUCGGCCUGAUAUCCUCCGUGGGCUCACCCUCACAGAAAACCAAAUUGAAGUCCUGAAUGAGUCCACGUUUAACGGGCUCGUUAGCUUAACAACGCUCAGUCUGAAUAAUAACAGGAUCAGAACAAUUGAGCCAAAUAGUUUUAGCUCCCAGCCCAUCUUGGCUGAGUUGGACUUGUCUGAGAACAGGAUGACCCGGGUCUCACCUCAGGUCUUCAGGGCCCUCAGGUCCACCAGGAUCAGACUAGAUGGGAACCCCUGGGACUGUUCCUGUGGAGCUGAAGACUUUGUGGAUUUCCUGAAAGAUCUACGGAGCAGAGCUCUGCUGGACAGACAGAUGGAGGUGACCUGUGGGAGUCCUCCAUCUCUGAGGGGUCGGCCUGUGUGGAACGUGUCUGUGUGUGUGACGUCACCUCCACCACGACCACCGUCAGUGACUCAAACGGUCCACCCCAAACCCACUGGUAUUCUCAUAACAUCCACUGCAAAAGUUGUGACAUCAUCUCCAUCACGACCAACAUCAGAGACAGAAACCUCAGUCCAACCCAAACCCACUGAUGCACCCUUAAUCGAUUCUUCACACACCGCACGACCAGCAUCAGAGACAGAAACCUCCGUUCAACCCAAACCCACCGAUUUCCUCACAACGGUCACUACACCUACUUUAAACACUGUAACUUAUGUGACAUCAUCUUCAUCACCACCAUCAGUGACGGAGAUCUCUGUCCAGCCCAUAACUACACUCACACCCACGGGACUGACUGAAACUUGUGCGACAUCACAACCAUCGUCAGAUACAAAUGUUGUCUGCAUGCUCACUGUUGUGAUGGUGGUCCUGUCUUUGCUCCUGUUUGCGGUGUGUUUCCUGGUGGUGCUGCAUAGGAGGAAACGCAAUAACAAAACAGUGAUGCCUGGAUGUCAAAACGAGAACAGAAGUGAGAUGAAGGAAGACAGCAGUGGUUCGAGUUACACUCAGUCUCCGGCACACUCUGAGAAAAGAGACUUCACUGAAAACAAUCACUGGGACUCAGAAAUGGGAUGGAGGAGAUCCUUUGCUGGAGUCAGAGCUAAGUCAGCUAAUGCUAUUCUCUUUAUGUCUCCUUUUUGUGCAUCUGUGAAAGAUCAAGUGACUUUACAAACAGAGACAGAGGCUCAAUUGAAAGACACAGAAAACCAAGCUGAAGGAAAGCAGAAACUGGGGAAUGAAACUGAAGUAGAUGGAGGAAUUGAGACAGAUAAUCUGACAGACACUACUGAUGUGAAAGCUAAACAAGCUGGUCUAGAUGAAACCCCCCACUGUGUAUCUGUCAACACCGAUACUGUACCUUAUCUGAGCAUCGGUACAAAUCCUGAUGAUUUCAACAAACAGUCCACUGACGGUCCGGGUCAAAGAGCAAAGGUGGGAAAUGUUAUGGGGAGGAUCUCCACCUGGCCUCCGACUGCAAUUCAGUGGCAGGCAAGAUGUAAAAUGAAGGAGGAGGAGGACGGGUGUGGUGUCUUCACUGUUUGGACAGCAAAGUUUCCAGGUGAGGGGAAGAAAGUAUUAAACAAAGUGGGGCAACCUUCUGGUUCUGACCAGGACAAAAAGGAAGAGGAAACUGAAAAUAAUCCAAUAGGAGAGUCCCUAAAAAUAAAUGUACCUCACAUGAAAUUGGGACACUCCUCAAAACCAAAUGACAAGAGCACUUCUUUCAGUGAAGCUCAUGCCCACACUGACACCAGGCUAGAGGAGCAGCCAAGGAAGGAGGAGAUGGUCCAGGACCCUGCCACUAUGAGACAGACAACUAGUGAAACCCAAAACCUGAAUCAGGAAAAACUUGGUCAAGACCUUAAACCUGCACAAACUCGUGCACACAAGAACACCAAUAAGAGCAGCAACAAGGCAGAGCAGAGAAAUGAACCAAAGCAGGCUGUGACAAGCAGACAGAAGGCAGAAAACAGACGCACUGGCUUAAAGGCUCCCUCUGGUGGUGCCUCGCCAGAUGAUGAAACCCUGCUGUCUGGCAACGAGUACGCCUUCAUGGACCUGUUGCAUGAAGUCGCGCAGAACAACGGCCGCUGGACCAGAGAGAGGUGGAAGCAGAUACAUGUCAACAAGCAACGGCGUUAGGACAGAGGUGCCAAAGGUGUUUUAGAGAGGGAUUCACUCAAAAUUUAAAGUUGUGUACACAUAACAUGACAGACAAUAUUGUAGUUUUAUUCUGUCACUCUUUUUAAGUUGCUGCUGUACCUAAGCCAAAAUUAAAACAAAUUGUUUGACAUUUUGGUAAA